AUGGCUAUAUUAAAAUAUACUGAUCUCGUCAUUAAAAGAGAAGAUGGUUGGAGUUCUGGAGGUAGUGGAGCAAGAUGGGCCUUUUUUGGGAUUUUCCUUGUUCUUGUAUUGUUUGUGGUAUUAGGUACUUUAAGAGCUAAUAAAAAGAGAGCUCAACAAGGUGCUCAACCAAUAUAUGGUACCAGAUGGUUAACUCCUCCAAACUAUAGACAAUCUCAAAAUCAAUAUAAUCAACCUGAUCAUGUAAGAGAUCCUGAAUUACCCAGUGCUUAUGUUCCAACUUAUACUGAAACUGCUAAUGAAUAUGAUAUGGGAUUUUAUGAUAAUCAGGGUGAAUUCCAUGCUAAUCCAAAUGCCAAAGCAGUAGAUUUAGCUCCUCCAAAUCAAGCUCAUGCUAGAGAUUCAAGUCCAACUGAUCGUGGUCCAGCUACUGAUUUAGAUCAUGAUAUUAAUGAUGAUAAUGAUCAUGAUGAUUUAUUCAGACGUCCAUCUCAAUUUCCUCCAAGAAGAUCAACCCAAACAAGUACUUCAAUAAAUGCUAAUAUAGAUCCAAAUACAAUAGGAGCACCAUCAGGACCUCCUCCAACUUCAACAUCAUCCAUACCGGGAGCUUUCCCAAGUCCAUCACCUGCUACUACUUCACCAAUUCCAAAUGUUCAACAAAUAUCAUAUUCACAAAAUGUAAAUUUUGCUACUCGUCGUUUCUAAUGGUUUUUUUAAAAAACGCCUUCCCAUUAUUUGCUAGAGAUAAAUUUCCAUUGGAUCUUUUUAUCAAAGUAUUUUUUUAUUUAAUUAUUAUUAUUAUUAUUAUUCAUAAACCAACUUCAUUUUGCUUUUGCUCCUUAUCACGAGACCUCGCUACUACGUUAUCUUCUUUACGACAUUUUAUAUAUGUAUUUAUUAAUUAAUGGAAUAUAUUUUUAAUUCUUCAUGUAAUUAUUUUAAGAAAAUGAAGUCUUUUUUUUUAAUACUUUAAUUUUUAUUUUAUUGU